AUGGCUGCUUCGAAGUCGAAGACCUCUAGUUCCAAAGCGGAACACAAGAAGGUACAAAAGACCAUCGCUAAAUCCAAACUGAAGCAGAAAGAAACGAAAGAAACGAAGAAAGCGAAAGAAAAGAAGGAAAAGAAGGUGAAGCGGGUGACGCCAGAGAAGAAACAGAAAGAAGAGCAAAAGUGUGCGAAGAAGGCGGCGGCAAAGGAAGAGAAGGAAGAGAAGGAAGAGAAGAAACAAAAGGUGGCAGAGAAGGUUGAGAAGGUGAAGAAACAUGAAAAGAAGGAGAGUGGGAAGCAAGCGGCAAAGACGCCAGAAUCAGUGGGAGUUGAUGCUGUGAAGAAGGAGGAUUCAGUGCCAAGCAAGAGGGUUGCAGAGAAGAGCUUGGAGUGUGACGCAAACAAGCGCCCUGCUCGCAGGGUAUCCUUCAAGAGUCCAGAGUAUGUAGUGAAAACACCGCCAACGAGAACCGUUGCUUCGCCUUCACCUGUGCCUUCUGCUGCGCGCAGUGUGGAGGCUUGGAUGGAGGAAGCUGCUGCGCAAGGCAUGAGCCUGGAAGACUUCAUGAGUGAUGUCAGCACCAAGUACUUGGAAGCGCAAGUUGAGAGUCGCAUGAAAGACCUUGUCAAGACCAGCAAGGGUAAGGGCGUGGAGGAUGAUGACGAGGAGGGUGCAAAUGAAGAUGCGUCUUCAGAGUCCAGCAGUGAGGAGACAAAGUCUAACAGCUCUGAGGAUGGUGAAGGCGGGAUUACUGAGACAGAGAUUGAAGAUAGUCUGAGUGAGGGCGGUCCAGAAGAUGAUGAAGACGAUGGCGAGAAUGAAGAUGGUGAUGGAGACGCCAUCGAUGAAGAUAUUGAUGCACUUCUGGAUGGAAGCCCUGUCGAGUUUGACCGUCGGGCGGAAAGAAAAUUGACUUCAAAGAAGUCAAGGGCUGGCAUCAAAGCAAGGGAUAUCCUGAAAAUGUAUCCCAAAGAAAAGGCUGAAGAUUUGAUGAAGCGUCUCAAGUCCAAGGGCCUUUUCCACUUCGACGAUGACUUCCCCAACGAUGAAGAAGAGAUCUUCUACUAUGUUGGCCAAGGCAACGAAUUCAAGGAUGAGAGCAUCACCACAGACGGGGUUGCUGUGAAGAUCAAGGAGACCGGCAACAAGGAACUUGCGGACACCCUGACAGGGGAUGAUGGUUUGCUCAGGAAUGGCGCUGUUCCUGCAGUUCAAGCGCACAAUGAGGCUGGGGAGAAAGCUCUCAUCGAUGCAGUUGCGGGGUCAACGGAGAAGGCCCCAAAAGAACCCAAGCCUAAAAGGGACCCAGCAACCAAGGCAGAGCCAAAGACCGUCUUGGACAAGGCCAGGGAUGAAAUGGAGAAUUGUCUCCGCAAGUCAGCUGAAGGUCGCAAGUAUGCUAUCAGCUUGCAGGCGACUGAAUACAGCGGUGACUUGGCCACCAAAAUGAUGGCAUUCAGUGAAAAGAUGGAAAAGUGCUACAAGGCUUUGGUGGAGCUGGUGCAAAGAAAGGAAGACAAAGAAGCAAAGUACUCGAAUCUCUUCUCCGUGAUUGCCGACAAGAUUUCUUGGUAUGAGACUGCUGAGGGCGCGGCCAAAGGAUUGCUCUCCAGCUUCAAGCCAAAGAAGGGUAAGAAGAAGGCAAAGAACGGUGAGCCUGAGGAAACUGAGCGCACCAAGAUUUCCAAGGAAGCCAAAUCUGUGACAUUAGUCGUGCGAACGCUGCCGACGGACACGCGACCGAAGCUGUGGAAGCUUUGCAAUCUUUGGGUGGAGGUUCCGGACAUUGACAAUGGCGCCAAGACCAUCGAAGUCCCAUGCCUGUUGCCGCAUGAAAUCUUUGACGCCGUUUGGCGAGCUGGUUCGCGACAGGACAGGCAUGUUCCCAUCCCAUGGACCUUUCGGCGAGGAGAUGGUCGGCUUCAGGCAAGAGCUGGCUAA